UUAAACAUACGUUAUUAUUGUGCUCAUACUUAAAAAAAAAUUCUCAUAUCUCUUGUUUACUCAGUUAGUCUCUCGGUCUAGGCAAAUCGAUGGCUUCAGAUUCGGGGCAUGAGUUGAAGCUCAUAUCACUCUUUUCUCAACUAGCCUCUCUCGAAGAUUCGGGUCCGGAGGUCAUCAUACCAGCCAUUACUCAAAUAAUCUCUCUGGUCAGCUCAAUGGGUUUGGAUUCGCAGCCGAAGCCGGAGUCAGAGCUCAUGUCACUCAUCACUCACUCAAUCAGUCUCCAUCUUCAACUCUAUGGAUGUGGAUUCUCAGCCGGAACCGCUAAGGAAGCUCAUAUCAUUCAUUUCCCAAAAUCUCGAUUCGGAGCAGAAGACGGUCCAUGAUUCAGAGUUCAUGACACUAGUUGGACAAACUCUGGCUCUCAAGCCGGAGCCCGAGCUCAUAUCACUCUACUACCGCCAAAUACUCUCCCUCGACUUAUUUAAGGAUUCAGAUUCGGAUCCUGAGUCGGAGCUCGUAUCACUCAUUUUUCAACUAACGUUACUUAACCAUUCUAAUUCAGGUUACCGUUUGGGUGUCAUAUCACUCAUAACUCAAAUAAUCUCUCUGGUCGAAACAAUGGAUUUGGAUUCACAGCCAAAGGAGAAGUCUGAGCUCUUAUCGCUCGCUACUCAAACAAUCUCUGUCUUCAACUCUAUGGAUUCGGAUUCUCAGCCGGAACCGUUGCCAGAGCUCUUAUUACUCAUUUCUCAAGCUUCAUCUCCAACAAACUCUAGACAUUUGAAUUGGGCGUUCAGAACACUCGUUCGUGAAACAAUGUGUCUCGACCCGGAGCCGGAGCUCGUAUCACUCAUCUAUCAAAUAUUCUCCCUCGUCAUAUCUAUGUAUUCAAAGUCGAGGAAGUUUACUUUCUUGUGCCCUCAACAGCAAGUAAGAUUUGAAAAUGGAAAAUUUCAUGUGGUUGAAGAAGAAGUCUUGUGGAGCAGCGAUGAUAAGUGGUACUGCCUACCUUAUAACUGGGAGAAUUUCGGGUCAACUGGAGAAGACGCUACCCUUUUUUUCUGCCGAGGAUGCAAUGGCAAGAACCACCAAGAUUAUGAUAAGGCUCCUGUUGUGAUCAAACACACUCUUCAUCCAAAACAUUCUCUUCAGUUUGUCAUGUCGCAACACGAUGUUAGGACGAGGAUAUGUUAUUGCUGUGAUGAAGAUCUCAACAAGCUAUUUUAUUAUUGCUCGGUUUGCGAUUUGGCUAUUGAUCUUGCUUGUGUGGAGAAACCACCAGUCUUAUCUAUAGACCAUCCGAAGCGUCACGAGCAUCCACUUACCCUGUUUCCAAAACACGCUUCCUUAACUUGCGACGUUUGUGGCUUGUCUGAUUCAGGAUGUCCUUUCUAUAUAUGUUCCCCUUGUGGCUUUGUGGUUCAUCAAAAGUGUGCCAACUUACCGCGUGUCAUAAAGAUAUCACGCCAUCCCCAUCGUCUUUCUUUUUCCCCUUGGUUUGAUCAAGGAGAAUUAGCUUGUAAUGUUUGUGAGAGAAAGAUUGGAAAGGAUUAUGGGUGUUAUUCUUGCAUUAAAGAAGAUUGUUUGUUUGCGGUUCAUCCAAAAUGUGCCAUACAGAGCAAUGUGUGGGAUGGUGUCGAACUUGAGGGGGUGCCGGAAGGAGAAGAUGAUGAUGAUGAAGGAAAGCCAUUUGUGAGGAUAAGCGAUGGAAUCAUACAACAUUUCAGUCAUCAACAGCAUCAUUUGAGAUUGGCUACGUACACAGAUAAUAAAAAUUACGACGAGAAUAAGAUGUGCCAAGCAUGCAUCAUGCCAAUCUAUUUCGGCAGCUUCUACUCAUGUAUGCAAUGUGAGUUCAUUCUCCACGAAGUAUGUGCAAAUUUUCCUCUCAUAAUAUAUCACCCAAUACAUCCACAUUGGCUCACUUUGGUAGUAGGAUAUGAUGGUGUAAUGACUGAAGAAAGUAAAUGUUCAGCUUGUCCUUGGUUGUGUACAGCUGGUCUCUUCUAUAAAUGCCACAAAGAACUAUGUAGUUUUAAGCUAGAUGUGCAGUGUGCCACAUUUUCCGAGCCAUUAGUCCAUCAAAGUCACAUACAUCCUUUAUUCCUAACAUCCAAACCAGGAGAGCAAAGAAGAUGUAAUGUUUGUAAAGUGUCAGAACAUUGUUCCAAAACUGAAACAUUCAACUGCAUUGAGUGCGACUUUGCCUUAUGUUUCAAAUGUGCUACUUUACCUCCAAAGGUGAGGUAUACGGAUGAUGAGCAUGUGCUCGCUCUUUCUUAUGGGGAGAAGACAAGUACCAAGAAACAUUGGUGUGAAGAAUGUGAGGGAAAAAUAGAUCAGAGCGUAGGAUUUUAUCUGUGCGAUGAGAGUUGUUGUGUUGCCCUACACAUUGAAUGCUUGCUUGGGGUGGACUUAUACAUGAUUCCGGGUUCAUCAUGGUUCCACUACGGUGAAAAGGUAGACGUUCUGCUUAACAAUCGUAAUACGUCUCGACCUAUUUGCACUAAUUGUAAGAAGCGUUGUCCACACAAAAUAGUUUUGCAGUGUUCUGGAUUUAUAUUUUGUUCCACAUUUUGUAUUCGUGAGUCAGUUGAUAGAGUUGACAAAAUACCUUGACGGUCAUCGUUACGGUUGUAAGAGAUAUUGUUGAAUUAAUUUGUAUUCUGUUGUAUUUCCACGGAUUUAUAACU